AGCUCGCCCGCCGCCCCGAUGCGCCGCCGCCGCCGCCGCCGCCGCCGGCCGGGACUGCCGGGGCCUGGCGCGCCGGGCCGAGCAUGGAGCCAUGGCGCUUAGCCGGCGGAGGCGGCGCUGCCGGGCGCUGGCGCUGGCCUCGCUGCUCUCGCUCUCGGGCACCUGCCUCUGCUGCAGCCUGCUGCUCUUCUGCUGCGCCCCGGAGCCGCCGCCGCCGCCGCCGCCCGGCGCCGCCGCCCGCUGCCUGCCCGCGCCGCCCGCCGCCGCCGCCGCCCGCAAGAAACUUCUGCAGAAGUCGCGCGCCUGCCCGGCCCCCGCCGCCGCGCCCCCGCCCGCCGCGCCCCCGGCCAAGCGGCUCCCGCGGGCCAUCAUCGUGGGCGUCAAGAAGGGCGGCACCCGCGCCGUGCUGGAGUUCAUCCGCGGCCACCCGGCCGUGCGCGCCCUCGGCACCGAGCCCCACUUCUUCGACCGCCACUACGAGCGCGGCCUCGACUGGUACAGGCGGUUGAUGCCGCGGUCACUGGACCACCAGAUCACCAUGGAGAAAACGCCCAGCUAUUUUGUCACCAGGGAAGCCCCCCAGCGCAUCUUCAACAUGUCGCGGGACACCAAGCUGAUUGUGGUGGUGCGCAACCCUGUGACCAGGGCCAUCUCCGACUAUACCCAGACCCUCUCCAAGAAGCCGGACAUCCCCACUUUUGAGGGGCUCUCCUUCCACAACCGCAGCCUGGGCCUGGUGGACACGUCCUGGAACGCCAUCCGCAUCGGCCUGUAUGCCGUCCACCUGCAGAGCUGGCUGCGGUUCUUCCCGCUCUCCCAGAUGCACUUUGUCAGUGGCGAGCGGCUCAUCACAGACCCCGCAGGAGAGAUGGGCAAGAUCCAAGACUUCUUGGGCAUUAAGCGACUCCUCACAGAGAAGCACUUUUACUUCAACAAAACCAAGGGCUUCCCCUGCCUGAAGAAGAGUAUGGAAGGCAGCCUGCCCCGCUGCCUGGGCAAAUCCAAAGGCAGGCCUCAUGUCCAGAUUGACCCCGAAGCGAUUGAGCAGCUGCAAGACUUCUACCGCCCCUAUAACAUCAAGUUCUACGAGAUGGUCGGGCAGGACUUCCGGUGGGAGUAGGACUCCUGGCACAGGCAGAGCAGGGUGGGGCCCAGUCUUCCGCAAGGGGGCAGGGGGGCAAGUUUGAGGGGUCUUCCUCUGCCCGCUCUACCAGGACUGUCUCAGCCUCUCUUCCAGCUCACUAUGAACAGCCAGGAGAGGCGGCAGGGAGAACAGGUGGCCCCCAGGUGCCCGGAGAUGCCCCCAGAGCUCAUGUCCCAGCCCUCACUCUUGGCUUGGCCUGCAGUUCAGGGGGUGGGAAGGUGUCCCGUGGCUUCAUUUUCUGCCAUGAAAUCAAGGCACAAGGAUGAAUUUUAUUUUUAAUAUUGGUAUAUAUCUCUAUAUAGUCUAUAAACAUCACCACCUAAGCACAAACCAGCACCUGCCUCUUCUUGAUUCCCCACUUAGAUACUGUUCAGGGCAAUCUCUCCUGCACUUGCUUCUCUGGCCCCGCCUGUGAGCGGAAGGGCCCCCGGCAAGGCAGUGGGGACUCGGUUUUGCUCAGCUGUAGGCUCCUGGGGAAGAAGCGGGACCCCUUCCUUCCCUCCCUCCCUCCCUCCCUCCCUCCCUCCUUCCUUCCCUCCUUCCCCUCCUGAGCAAGCCUGUAACCAUAGAGAUGCUUCUGAUGGUGCCUUGAAAAACUCACUGUCCUGAUAGAUAUCUCUGUCCUGUGAAUAAAGCACAGAUUUCUGUUGUUACGGGUACUUCAGAGAGAGACUCCGCUUGCUCCAGAUGCACAGCUCCCUCGGGCGAAGGAGGCCAAGGCACGUCCCUGUCUU